UGUCAGAGUCGCAGUGGCGUUAAAUCUCCACGCCCUUAACUCCAACACAUCAACACGACUUCUGUGUUGUGCCAACUUCUACGAAUUAGGAAAGUGAAAAUGGCAAUGGUGGCUGAAUUCCUGGGGCAACUGUCCCUCAAAGCCGAGUCCCAUGAGACAAAAUACCCAACUGUUGUUCCUGCUUCGGACUUUGACCCCGAAAAGGAUGCUGCGAGGAUAGAGACCGCUAUCAAAACUAAAGGUGUGGACGAACAGACCAUCAUUGAUGUCCUAACAAAGCGGGCGUACUCUCAGAGGAGAGAAAUUGCAUUUGCUUAUGAAAGGAGAGCAAAAAAGGACAUGAUCACAGCUCUGAAGGGGGCACUGUCGGGCUCCGUGGAAUGUGUCAUCCUUGGUCUGAUGAAGAGCACGUCCCAGUAUGAUGCCUCAGAGAUCAGAGGAUCCAUCAAGGGACUCGGCACUGAUGAAGAAACACUCAUUGAGAUUCUGUGCUCACGCAGCAACUCUGAGCUGCAGGAGAUCAAGCAGGUCUACAAGGAGUUGUUCAAGAAAGACCUGGAUAAAGACGUAGCAGAUGACACUUCGGGAAACUUUGCAAAGCUGCUGCUCGCUCUGGUGCAGGCCAAGCGAGACGAGCCGUCCUCUGUGGUGGACUAUGAAAAGAUUGAUGAAGACGCCAGAAAACUCUACGACGCUGGUGUGAAGACCAAAGGAACGGACGUGGCAACGUGGAUCUCUAUCAUGACGGAGAGGAGUGUCCCCCACCUGCAAAGAGUGUUUCAGAGGUACAAGAGUUACAGCCCCUACGACAUGCAGGAGAGCAUCAUGAAGGAAGUGAAAAGAGACUUGCAGAAGUCCUUCCUGGUUCUAGUACAAAGCUUUGAAAACAAACAGCUGUACUUUGCCAACAGACUGCAUGACGCUAUGAAGAAUAAAGGAGCCAAGGAGAAGGUGGUGACUAGGAUCAUUGUGUCGCGCUGUGAAGUGGACCUGAAGAAGAUCUGCUCGGAAUACAAAGCCCACCAUGGCCAGUCUCUUCAAAAGACCAUCAUGGAACACACCAAGGGAGACUACCAAAAGGUUCUGCUGGGCCUUUGUGGACCAGAGGAGAUAAAUUAAUUAAUUCAUUCGACAAAUGAAGAUAACUGGACCUAGAAUGCUAAAGCAGAUUUUUUAUUAUUAUUAUUAUUUUUUUUUUUUGCUAUAUGAAGUAUAUUGAUAUCGAUUAUUGAAGCAAACUAGCAAUAAAGCAGCACACACUAUUAUAAAAGCUUUUUCCUAUCUGUAGUUACUGCUUGCAUCCCAUAGAGAGCGUUAUAGUAGCGUUAAAAACAGGGCGACAUUUUUAGUUGAGGCCUCGCUCAGAUGAUACACUCGCUGAUGAAAUGCACGUUGACAUUUGUUUCUGUUUGUAUAUUGUAAUGAAACCACAGAUUAUACAUGACAUUUGCGUUCAUGCCCAAAACAUAUAAAAAGCGGUGAACGUAAACUGUAAAGAUUUUAUUGAAUAUUGCACAAGAACAAUUUGCAACUUUUGAAGAAUUAAAUUGAUAAUUAGGAUUAUAGCAAACACGUUUUUGGACUAGCAUGGUACAAGAAUAGGCACCAAUAUCUUCCUCUUUUUUCCACGAUGAGAAUCUAUGAAUAUGAUUUAAUCAUUAGUGUGUUUUUCCGUGUUUGUUUGGUGCUAAUAUUUUAAUUAAAAAUGUUAAUUUUACCUCCAGCAAAGACGAUUUGCAUAGCACUAAACAAGCGUAUAUACAGUGUUUCUGCUGUUUAGUUUGGGGUCUCUCAGGAUGGAAUAAGCAGCACAGUGUUGUCAAGGCAUUUCUACUGAAGUAUAAGGAAAAACAACAUCCCCAAAAGGCAACAUGACUUCUGCUGAACACAGCAAUGAGGAAGCUAAUGAAAAUAAGUCCUGAAGAUCAAACACAGUCGUUUAUAUUUUAUUUUAAGAGAUUAAAUAAGGUUUCCGUCAAACUGUUUUUCCUAGUUGAGCUUCCGACAAAAAAAUGGACUUAAAAUUUUAACAAGACCUCAGAUUUAUGGUCAUUUUGUAAUAAUACUGAUGAGAACAUUAUCCCUUUGUGACACUUUAUGUUUAUAGGCAAUAGAAAAAUAAAAUAUAGCAUAAAGUAAGCUAAAACACUAUUUUGCGGGGAGGGGGAAUUUAUGCGCCAAUAUGCUUGACAGAUUAAUCACUCCAUCAUAAAGAGGAAAGUACCGCCAUAUUUCCUCCUUUUUUUUAUAUGGAUGUACAACAUGCUGUUCUGCUCAAGGCCGGCCCAUGGGGACCGGCGGCGGACCCGAGGGGAAGUCUCUUCUCAAUUGAAACCGUGCAAUUUACUGUCCCAAACGCUGACACUUCAUCAUUCAGAGGACUUUAACCCCAUGAAUGUCAAACAGCGAGCAUGCUGGGAAGGCGCCGGCACGUAUCCGCAUUACCAUAACCACAGCUUAGUAUCACCCCCCCCCCCCCAAAAAAAAGGGAAGAAUCAUAAACACA